AUGCCUACACGAGUUCGCUCAGAAGAACUCAAUAUUAUCACUAUUGAUCCUUCUCGUCUGUCUUUUGUACAUCUUGUCAGGAAACGGCCACGGAGCGCGGUUCGAGACCAGCAGGAAGAUCUUCAUUUUCCCUCUUACCACCCCCACCACCACCAUACCAGUCUAAUCCCCCAAACCUACACCAUUAUCAGAGUUGAUAGACCCACAAUUCCUGAUGACUUGAUCCUCCUGGGCUCCAUUCUCAGCAAAAAUACGACAACGCCUGACGCAAUCACGUCCCCCAAUGGCGUCUACAAGUUAAACCUGGGAACAAAGGGCCGCCUACGGCUGACGCAAAAUUCGCUGACGGAUAUGCCAAAGUGGUUGAUUAUGAACGACGGCUCCAGUGAGUUUUCAUACUCGGUCUGGUUAGAAGAAGACGGCCGCCUCAGCGUGCGGCUUCGGGAGCUUGGCUCGGAGGAGUGGAAGAUCAGCUGCCUCGUCUCCCAAUCCGGCACCGUCUUCCGCGGCGGCCAGUUCUUCUACAAACAUACCCUCAAAACAGGCCACGACGACCACUAUGUUCUCUGCCCUCGGCCUGACACAUAG